AUGUUACUCAGGCAGCGCGUACCUGCCAGACCUGCCACAUUUCGAGGACUACUCGCCCACGCACCGGCGGGCCACCGCUGUGCUGUUUCCAGGCUAUAUACAACAAGGAGCGUAUCCUUGCUUUCGACUUCGAGACCCCGUGGCCCAUCAUCUCUCUUUGCCGACACAGCGCAGCUGGAAAUCAGGUCGAGUUUUUCGACGGUUGCAUCCCUGAGAAAGAAGAAGAACGAUGGCUUCUUCGACGCGACCGAGCCGUUGUCCGAGGAGGAGGUAGAGGCAAACUCAGAUAAGGCCAAGCCAUCAAAGGACAUAGAAGAGAAGGAGACGAGUGAUAUCAAGACAUCGAGUUCUGAAUCAACACCAAGCUCGGCGGCAAGAUCAGGAACUGCGGAGUCGCCGGAUGGAAGGGGCUCUAGCGCCGCUGGAGGUGCCUCGGGCGGUGAUGGAUCAGGCGAUGGCGGCAAGAAGGGCCGCAAGUCGGCAGCAGAAAAGGCCCUACAGAAGCCCACAGUUCCCGAGAUAUACCCGCAAGUGAUGGCGAUCCCCAUUGCAAAAAGGCCGCUGUUCCCGGGCUUCUACAAAGCAAUAACCAUCAAGGAUCCGAACGUGGCUGCUGCGAUAACAGAGAUGAUGCGGAGGGGUCAGCCUUAUGUGGGGGCUUUUCUGUUCAAGGACGAGAAUGCCGAUUCCGAUGUCAUCCAAAAGCCAGAGGAUGUUUACGAUGUCGGCGUCUUUGCACAGAUAACGAGUGCUUUCCCUGCAACAGGGGAGGGCAAGGGCUCUCUCACGGCGAUCCUAUAUCCCCACCGCCGCAUUCGCAUCUCAAACCUUUUACCGCCAGGAGAGGUAGAGAACAGGAAGGACGACUCUUCCUCAGACGUUCCCAUCCCAGAGCCCAUACCAUCAAAACCCACAGAGGAGGACUCUGCCCAAGAAAAGAAGGGAGACGUUGUGGCCAGCUUCGAGGAGAGUGUUGUUUCGACGAAAUCAAACACCCAACACGAAUACGAGCCUAUAUCUUUCCUACGCAAAUACCCUGUCAGCCUCGUUAAUGUUGAUAAUCUGGCCGAGGAACCUCACGAUCCCAAGAGUCCGGUCAUCAGGGCUGUGACUAACGAGAUUGUGGACGUGUUCAAAGAGGUUGCGAACAUGAACAGCCUGUUUAGGGAUCAGAUUUCUACUUUUUCGAUAAGUCAAUCAACAGGUAACGUCACUUCUGACCCUGCUAAGCUCGCCGAUUUUGCCGCCGCGGUAUCGGCCGGCGACCCCGAGGAGCUUCAGGAGGUUUUGGCGAGCUUGAAUGUUGAGGACCGCAUGCAGAAGGCACUUGUGGUACUCAAAAAGGAGCUCAUGAACGCGCAGCUGCAGUCAAAGAUCUCAAAGGACGUCGAGAACAAGAUUUCAAAGCGACAGCGUGAAUACUGGCUUAUGGAGCAGAUGAAGGGGAUCCGUCGGGAACUUGGCAUCGAAUCGGACGGCAAGGACAAGCUGGUAGAAAACUUCAAGUCCAAGGCAGAUGGUUUGGCCAUGCCCGACGAGGUGCGCAAAGUUUUUGACGAGGAGCUUAACAAGCUGGCUCAUCUUGAGCCUGCGGCUUCCGAGUUCAAUGUCACUCGCAACUACUUGGACUGGCUCACGCAAGUUCCAUGGGGCAGGAGAAGUGCGGAAAACUUCAGCAUUUCAAACGCGGUAAAGGUUUUGGAUGAGGACCACUAUGGUCUGAAAGAUGUCAAGGAUCGCAUCCUCGAGUUUAUUGCCGUGGGAAAGCUGAGAGGAACUGUGGAGGGAAAGAUUCUCUGCUUUGUCGGACCGCCAGGUGUAGGCAAGACGAGUAUCGGCAAAUCUAUCGCACGAGCACUUAACCGCGAAUACUACCGGUUCAGCGUUGGCGGCCUCACAGAUGUUGCUGAGAUCAAAGGUCAUCGGAGAACUUAUGUCGGUGCUCUUCCUGGCCGUGUGAUUCAGGCUCUGAAGAAGUGCAACACGGAGAACCCGCUCAUUCUCAUUGACGAGAUUGACAAGAUGGGAAGCGGUUACAAAGGCGACCCUUCCUCUGCCCUCCUUGAGCUGUUAGACCCAGAGCAAAACAGCUCAUUCCUCGAUCAUUACAUGGAUGUUCCUGUCGACCUAUCCAAGGUCCUGUUCGUCUGCACAGCCAACAUGACGGACACCAUACCCCGGCCUUUGCUCGACAGAAUGGAGGUCAUCAGGCUCUCGGGCUACGUCUCUGACGAGAAGAUGGCCAUUGCCCAACGUUACCUUGCUCCGGCAGCCAAAGAACUUGCUGGGCUUGAAAAGGCAGACGUCAGGCUGAAUGACGAUGCCAUUGAGGAGCUCAUCAAGUCGUACUGCCGGGAGUCGGGAGUGCGUAACCUGAAGAAGCAAAUCGAGAAGGUCUACCGCAAGUCAGCACUCAAGAUAGUACAAGAUUUGGGCGAAGAGGCGCUACCAGAAUCAGAGGCCCUGACCGAGGCUGGCAAGGCUGCACUGGAAGAACAAAAACAAAAGGAGGAAACAUCCGAGCAGACGAAGGAAGAUACCAAGGAACCCAAGACAAGACCCGACGAGCCUUCACCACAACCUCUUACCGAGAAGCCACGGGUUGCCCUAGAAGUGCCGGAGAGCGUCCACGUUACUAUUGACAAGGAUUCGCUCAAGGACUAUGUGGGACCUCCUAUCUUCACUUCGGACAGGCUUUACGACGUCACACCCCCGGGUGUAACCAUGGGCUUGGCAUGGACACAGAUGGGAGGCGCUGCCAUGUAUAUCGAGUCGAUACUACAGGCAGCUCUGCGCCCCGGUUCGAGGCCUUCAUUCGAAAUCACGGGCAACCUUAAGACGGUGAUGAAGGAGUCGUCCACCAUUGCCUAUUCUUUUGUCAAGGCACACAUGGCAAAGAACUUCCCCGACAACCAUUUCUUUGAGCGUGCGAAAAUCCAUGUUCACGUGCCCGAGGGUGCUGUGCAGAAGGAUGGCCCCUCGGCAGGUAUCACAAUGGCCACUAGUCUGCUCUCAUUGGCUCUGGAGAUGCCAGUUGAUCCUACCAUUGCCAUGACAGGCGAACUUACCCUGACCGGGAAGGUCCUCCGUAUUGGAGGCCUGAGGGAGAAGACUGUUGCAGCCCGACGAGCUGGUAGCAAGAUGAUUAUAUUCCCAGCAGACAACAUGUCGGACUGGCUCGAGCUUCCAGAGAACAUCAAGGAGGGUAUCGAAGGUCGCCCGGCCAGCUGGUACUCUGAGAUCUUCGAACUUGUCUUUCCAAACCUAGACAUGACGAACGCCAAUAAGUGCGUGAGCUGCGAGUGGAAAAGGGCCAAUGCCGACAAGUCGGCCACUGAAAAGGAGGAAAAGGAAGAGGAACCCUAA